GUUUGGCGCCAGUGGCCGCAGCUCUACCCUCAGCGUACAGGCCGCUGCAAGCCAUGGCUACCGUAUUCACUAUGCCUUCUCUAUCCAGGUAUUCCAGAUAUAAUUGAAGUGAAAAUUGAAACCAAAGCAAAAAUCGUCGUUCCAUAUCAUAGCAGGUAUUCCUGGGAGUUAACGCAAUUGUCUCGUCGUACAUAAACAGAUGCACGAAGCACGACUAGAAGAGGCGGCGGGGGGCUCUGAUGACGUGUAUGAAAAAUGUAUCAAGGUUAACAACAGGGGAGCAGGAGAGGUCGGCGAGGGUCCACUGGACCUUGAGCAUGUGAUAGGGUACACUGGCAACUCACCCCGGACAUUCCUAGCGUUGCCCGGGGGCGGGAGCAAUUUUUUCAAAGCAAUGGGAUCAAUUGCUGUCAUUGGUGAUCUAACUGACCCACACAAACAAAAGCUCCUUCGAGCACACGACGAGCCAAUUUCGGCGCUCGCUACGUCGCGGGACGGAAGUUUAUUAGCCUCUGGCCAGCUCGGGUCGACGCGCGUCCCAGGCUACGCUGCACUUGUCGUUAUUUGGGACACUUUGACACAAACUGUAGCCUUCAGGCUGCGUGGUCUCACGCAGCGUGUUGUAAUUUUGGAAUUUUCGGACGAUAUGCGUUUCCUGGCGGCGGCUGGAGAAGACUGUGUGUUGUACAUCUGGGAUACUGCCUCAGGUGAGGUUGUUUUUGGCAAGCGGUACAUCAAGCAGCUCAGUCUCUUCCAGUGGGUUGGUGCGCGUGACUGCGGCCGCCGCCGCGUCUAUCGUCUCGCAACCGCUAUGCGUGGCAUUGCCGAAGUAUAUCAUGGCGAGCUCUCUUUCGAUGCAACACGCCAGCAGUGGCAGUUAGCUACAGUGCCUGUGGUCAUGCCGGCUGCAGGCAUGGCUCGGAACUAUCGGUGCUCGACGCUGGCAACAUACGCGGCGGAGGCCCCUGAAGAGGAGCCCGCAAAGUACUUGCUAGCUGGCACCAUGGAGGGUGAUCUUCUUGUUUUGCGCCUUGCAGGGUCAAGGGGCGAGGCCCGACUAGACACAACACGCCCAGGUGGCGCAUACCGUGCAUCUGUGCCGGUGUGCUCAGGGGGUAUGCUUGCUAUGGUCUUAGCGCCCGUGACACAUGGUGUUGACCGACCUGCUGUCUUUGCGGGUGGUGGCGAUGGCAUUGUGCGCAAGAUCACCGGCUACGAUAUGCGCUGGAAGCUUCACUCGCAGGCGCAACUUGACGGUCCCAUUAUUGCCCUGUCUUGUGUCGAUGGAGGUGCCGAAUUGCUCGCAGGCACAAGUAAUGGUCAAACAUAUCGCUUACUUGCGGACAAUCUUGCACUGCCAGGGGUGUUGUUGACAGUAUCACACGUUGAGAAGCCAACUGCUCUCGCCUUCGGCGUGCGCCCUGACGUCUUUGCAACGGCUGCUGCUGAUGGCGAGGUCAUCAUAUGGGACCUCUCAGACUACUCCGCAAUAGCAACAACUAAGCGGCUAACCGAGUCAGCACCAAACUCAGUUCAACGUGAUGCAAAGUUUGGCGGUGGCGCGCGAUGCCUAUGCUGGGUAGCCGAUGUUGCUGUCAUUGUUGGCUAUGGCGACUGCCAUGUAAGGUGCUUCAACUCAGGGAGUGGUGACCUUGAAUGGACUAUUCCAACAGCUCAUCGUAAACCUGUCUCGGCAAUAACAUGCUGGGUUGAGACCAAGCUUGCCUAUCUUGUCACAGGUUCCCUUGACGGUUCAGUACGUGUCUGGAACCUGAGCACACGUGAGAUGAUGAUGCAGUUUGCUGAGCAUCUCAAGGGAGUCACUGGCCUACUUAUUGAUGCUAUCAAUCCGCAUUUAUUUCAUAGCGCCGGUUCCGAUUGUGCUGCGUUCACACACGAUAUUUCCAAAGAGAAACGCACAGUUGGUCAUAUGAUGCGUGAGGGCGCUUUCACUGGUCUGACACAGCGCAUUGACAGCGAGCAAGAAUUAGUCACUUGCGAUGCCAGUGGACGUGUUCUCUUCUGGGACUGCGAUGCGCCUGAGCCUGUUCUUUCCAUUAAUAUUAAUGGCCAGUCCGUCACAUGCGUUGCUGUUUCCCCAUCAGGAAAAUACUUUGCUCUCUGCCGUGACGAAAUGGUGACUGUGUUUGAGCUCAACGUGUUAGCAACAGCCCCACCAAAGUGCAUUGCUGACGGCUGGGCCCACUCUGCUGUCGUAAGUUCCGUUCAGUGGUCCCCAGAUGAGCGUCAACUUGUUUCCAUCGGCAUCGACUCGUGCAUCUGCGUGUGGAACUUUUUUGGCUCCUUAUCUAGCCCAAGCGACACCAAAGCAUGACUCAUAAUCUUCUAGUACUAUGUGAUGGCUUCUGCGUCUAUGGGCUUGACUGCAAUGAAAAUGCGGCUAGUCUUGCGUCACUACAAGUGCUCCACAACAAGUAGACGACGCACCGUGAUUGGGAACCCAAACCGAAAUCCAGGUACCAUCUUCAAGUUCUAGGCUGCUGCUGCAGUGGCUAGUGACUAGUCCAGAUGAUCUGAGAUGACUCGACAGAUAUAGGCAUGUGUUCCGAACUCUUUUCUCUACACAACUCAUCAUCUCAUCGUCAUCAUUUAUAUGCAAAUUCUCUUCGUCAUCCAUCUCAUCAGGAUCGACCACGCGGAAUCGUUUAAUUAGCGCAAGCUUUGCAAACGGUAUUGGUUUGGCACGCAGUAAGGUCGUUCAUUCAACAGGAAUUCCUGCUGCAAUUACAACUGCUUUUCAAAACCCCGCUUGACUGCGCAAGCACAUUAACUGGAUGAAUAGUGAACUAUUGGAAAGAAUGAUUGGUAUCAUCAACCUAAGAAGGUCUGGUCUUGAAGACCCGAGUAUUUCAGACUACAAUAAUUCCGAGCUGUGGAAGUUUGACAAAAGCACGCGGGUCACAGAUCGAUAGGAAUCAUGGCCAUCGCGAUCUCCUGGAGUGCCAGCGAGCAUCAGUGGCGUUCGACGGUCUUCCCCGCCCCACAGCGUUGUAUAUCGUCUACUAGCUCCGUCAACAUGUUUUGCGAGAAACGCCUCGAGCAUUCCGUUCUUUCGACGCCAACGGUGACUAUUGCACACCCACGCUAACGGCAACUAGACCCGCUUGGACUAGUAGCAUAUGAUGUAGCAGGGCAACAUCUGGGCGCCUCGGCGAGUGCAACUGUUGUAACAUCGCGUCAACUUGAAGAUUUUGCUUCAUCCGAAUCCUCCACCCUCGAUAGAACUCAAUAGAACUUGAAGUUCGAAAGAGGAGUACAUGUCACUGAUGAUGUCAGUAGCUGCCCAGGCGUGCCAUGAUGAUGAUUAUUAUUUAUGUCCUGCCUGGCGGAUGCCAAAAAGAAAUUAAAAACAAAAUCCCGCCGUGGUAUGACUCAGGCUGUGGCCAGUGAGGUCAAAUAACGAACACAACUUGAACUUGAACUACUAGUACCGGCCCAUUCAAUGGAAUCGGUCGCGUCCUAGAGGGUUCCGUUAGCCGCACUGGCAGCCCUCAGGCUUUUAGAGUUUUACUGCGUAAGCCUGAGACUCAGGCUCGGUCCGAGUCACGGUGACUCAGACUCCCGGGGCCGAGUCGGAGAGAAAAAAGGUAUGAACCACUUCAGGGUCAGCUGCCCUGAGGGCAGGUAACCCUGGAUUGGUUCACACCUUUUUCCCUGCCGGGGGCUACUCCGCAAGGGUGCUAAAUCCGGCGUGGGGGGUGAUGGUUCGGGUUUAAGACUUUUUGAUUCUUAUAAA